AUGAAUCAAGAUAUGAGAGUGUGGGUUCCCGACCCAGUAGAGAUAUUUGUCCGUGGUGACUUAUUGAAUACAGAUAUAGUCAAGGAUAAAUUUACUGGUGUUGAGCAGCAAGUAGGUUUAGUCAAGAAAGACAAUGACGGUGAAACAGCCACUUUCAAAAUCUCCGAGAUAUUUCCAGUAAACCCAGCAAACUUCGACAGAGUUGACAAUAUGUCUGAGUUAACACAUCUAAAUGAGCCUAGUGUACUAAACAAUUUGGAGAACAGGUAUAAGGACAAUCUCAUAUAUACGUACUCUGGUUUGUUUUUGGUUGCAAUCAAUCCAUAUAAAGAAAUAAGCAACCUGUAUUCAAACUCUACUAUCAAAUCCUAUCACAGUUCUAAUGAGGAAACCUCUCAAAAACCACAUAUAUUUGAAGUUGCAGAAAGCGCCUAUCGUGAUUUAAAAUCCAAAAAACAAGACCAAUCCAUUUUGGUCACAGGUGAAUCGGGUGCUGGUAAAACCGAGAAUACAAAGAAAAUCCUGCAGUAUUUGGCAUCUAUAACAUCAGACUCGUUUGAAGUCUCAAAUAACUUUGAAAUGAAAAUCUUACAAAGUAAUCCUGUUUUGGAGUCCUUUGGUAACGCCCAAACUGUGCGUAAUAAUAACUCAUCCAGAUUUGGUAAAUUCAUAAAAAUAGAAUUUGAUCAAAGUGGGAAGAUCAAUGGAGCGUUCAUAGAAUGGUAUCUAUUAGAAAAGUCAAGGAUUACCAAUGAAAAUAGAAAUGAAAGGAAUUAUCAUAUAUUUUAUCAAUUGUUGAAAGGUACAUCACAGAAAGAUCUUGAGUCCAUAUAUAAAUUGUCAUCAAAUGAUUUCGCACAUUAUCAAAUAUUAGCAAACUCGAAUCAUGUGAUACCCGGGGUUGACGAUGCUGCAGAGUUCCAAAAGUUGUUAGUUGCACUUGAAACAGUUGGAUUUGGUAAAGAUCAGAUUAACUCUAUUUUUAAAAUUGUAGCUGUCAUCUUACAUUGUGGAAACAUAGAAUUUGUAUCUGAGAAAUCUGAACAGGCAUCCUUCAAAUCCGACAUAUCUGCAAUUGCUACAUUGCUAGGUGUUUCAGAGAGUGAUUUCAAAACGGCAAUCUUGAAACCGCGGUCAAAAGCAGGUAGAGAAUGGGUAUCGCAGGCUAAAAAUGCAAAUCAGGCCCGUUUUAUCAUCAACUCUCUGUGUAGAACAUUAUAUGAGCACCUAUUUGGAUAUAUUGUGGAUACAAUCAAUAUGAGUCUUAACCAUGGAUCUAUGACAGCUAACUACAUAGGAUUGUUAGACAUUGCUGGUUUUGAGAUAUUUGAGCAUAAUUCUUUUGAACAACUCUGUAUUAACUAUACUAAUGAGAAGCUUCAACAGUUCUUUAAUCAUCAUAUGUUUGUACUGGAACAAAGUGAGUACUUAAAGGAAAACAUUCAAUGGGAUUAUGUAGAUUAUGGAAAAGAUCUACAAUCGACAAUAAAUCUAUUGGAAGCAAAAGGACCACCAACAGGUAUAUUACCGCUUCUUGAUGAAGAAACAAUUUUACCUAAAUCGGAAGAUUCCUCAUUCUACUCUAAACUAAUAUCAACUUGGCAACAAAACUCUACAAAAUUCAAGAGAUCAAAAUUAGAUAUGUGUUUUGUUUUAAAACACUAUGCUGGCGAUGUUGAGUAUCAUGUUAAUGGGUGGUUAGCAAAAAAUAAGGACCCCCUAAAUGAGAAUCUAGUUAAUAUUUUAUCAGUUUCAUCGAAUAGAUUGAUUUCAGAGUUCUUCAGUGGAUUUGAAAGUAUUAGUUCCCCAUCAUCCUCACCAACAAGAUUGACUCACUCUUCUUCAUCGGCUUCUAUUAACAGUCUAGGAAAAGGUCGAACCAACCUGAAGACUGCCCUAUCACGCCAUAGGGAGCAACAAUCUUCAUUGUUAUCACAAUUAGCCCUAACAAAUCCACACUUUGUGAGAUGCAUCAUCCCAAACAAUAAAAAAAUGUCAGAGACAUUUGACAGAAGAUUGAUUUUAGAUCAGCUGAGAUGCAAUGGUGUUUUAGAGGGUAUAAGAAUAGCGCGAGAAGGUUAUCCGAAUCGUAUCUUAUUCAAGGAGUUUUAUGAACGCUAUAGGAUAUUAUCGGAACACCUAGAUAAAUCAAGUGAUGCAAUCAACUAUAAGCAGAGCUCUCAAAUCUUGAUCUCCGAACUUCAUCUGGAUCCAACAACAUAUAAAGUUGGUACUUCCAAGCUUUUCUUUAAAGCAGGAACUCUUGCAGAGCUGGAAAGUAAGAAAGAGAGUAUAUUAUUUGAAAUAACAGUUAGGUUUAACUCGAUAAUUAGAGGAUGGUCACAGAGGAAAAGAACUAAGGGUGAAAUUCAAAAGAUGCGGGCAUCAGAAAUGAUAGGGAAUGUAUUCCGGAAGUAUAAUGAAAAAAUGCAAGACCCAUGGUUUAACAUGUAUAUGAAAAUAAAGCCAUUGUUAGCAUCAUCACAAAAUAUUGUAGAUAGCAGAAAAUACACAGAAAAGAUCAAGGUCCUGGAACAAAAGUUGACAGCAGUUGAAACUGAAAAGAAAAUACAUACUGCAAAACACAAUGAUCUGCUUAAUGAGUUAAAUGACGUUAAAAAUUUAUUAGAUGUUGAAAAGGAAAAACUCAAAAGAAAUGAGCAAUUACUAUCAAAAUCAAAUGAACAGCAAAGAGAAAUUGAGACAAUGAUCAAGGAAAUUAGAGAAGAUAAAAGUACCUUACUCUCUGAGAAAGAGGCGGCAAUCUCAAAAAUUCAAGAAUUGGAACUAGUCAGGCAAAAACUUGAAGAAAAGAACAAUGAGAAAGAUGCUUCUAUUGCAGAGCUAACUAGAAAGCUCUCUUCUUUGGAAUCUGAAAAGGGCGAUAUUACUAGGCAAAUUUCCAUGGAUACUGAAGUUCUGAAGAAGCUUGAGAAUGAAAAGAUGGAAAAGGAGAGGGUUAUAGAGAAACUUAGCCAUGAUAUCAAAGAAAGAGACCAUAUUAUUGAUGAAUUGAAGCAGAAGGAGCAUAUAUCAAACAAAGAUCUAGAUAUAAAACUGCAAACUUUGGAAAAGAACUGUAAUGUUGCCCUAACAAAAUUGAAAUCUCUUCUCAACGAGAAUGCUGAGUUGCGAGAAGAGGUUGGAAAGAACAAAAAAUUACAUGCUAACACUAUCCAACAAGUUUCAUCUAAGGAAAAGGAGAUUGAAAGAUUGAAGGCUAGGUUUGCCUCCAAUCAAGGUGAAAUAAAUGAGAUUCUAAAGCAAAGAGAUAGCUUGAUGGCUGAAAAUGAUAAAUUGUCUAAAGAAUUGUCUGAAAUGAAAAUGGCUCUAAGGAAAGCGAACGAAAACUAUGCCCAAAUGAAGAACCAAAUUGAGGAAAUGGCUAAGCAGGAGCAUAUAAAUAGAGAGAAUAGUCCAAUGGAGUCGAGAUCGGAUAUUUCACUUCUAAAGAAACAACUUGAAGAUGAAAAAUCUUUAAACAAAUACCUCAAUCAAAAGCUAUUAGGUGAUCGAGUAGUUCAAAGAAGUUUACAUUUGGAUGACUUAUCCAAUGCGGACAAAGAUGUUUUACUCAAGAAAUAUUACGAAAUCAAAACGGCUCUCCAUGAACAAUCUACUUCUUUAGAAGAAGCAAUUGAAGAAAAUAAAAAUCUGAUAUCCCGAUUAAGGUUCACCGAAACUAGACUUGCUUCUUCUUCUUUUGAGUCGCAGACAGUAAAGGCACAACUAAAGAAACUAAAACACUUCCUAGAAAACAAAGGGAUGCAGGCUGAUAUAGAUCAAUUGCUCUCGGAUAUAAAACCUUCUGAUGUCAAUGUAGAGCAAAUCCUCCUCGAAGUUCAACACCUAAAAAUGCAGUUGAAUGCAGAACAGAAGGCACAUAAAGAAGCAGAGGCAGCAAUAACAGCUCUGCAUUCUAAAUUUGAGUUGAUUCAAAAGGUUGAUUCAACUUCUGAUAUUUACAAGAUCAAGUAUGAGGCUAGUGAAGAGCAUGUCCGUGCUUUGGAAAAUAAGCUACGCUCAUUGCCUUUCAAAGAUAGGACAAACCUACCUAGUGGUGAGAUAUUCACAAAUAAGGAUAGCAUAUCCAAGUAUGAAGAGGAGUUAAGGUUUUACAAGAUCGAGAAUUUCAAGCUUCAAGAUAAGCUUUCUGAGUUUGAGAAUAUUUGUGGUAGUUUAAAGCAUGAAAUCAAACAAGGUAGUGUGAAAGAAGUUCUUUUAGAGGAGCAAGUUGAAAGACUUCAGAAAGAUUUAGAAUCCACUGAACGACAAAAGGAAAUGCUGACUUCUAAUUUACGUCAACAAAGGCAGCAAUACGAAGAUUGUUUGAGUGAUCUUAAUGCCAAUGAGACUCAGUUAAGAGAAUAUAAUCAUGCGUUAAAACAAGCAGAAGAUGAUAUAAAGGGGAUGGCAACUGUUAUUGAAAAACUCAAAAGCUCAAAUAAGCAAAAAGAUAAGACUAUCUGGGAUCGCGAAACAGAAAAGAAUGAUUUAGACAUGCAAUUACAAGAAACACUCUUGGAGCUCAAGAGAGUCCAAGAUAUGAAUCAAUUACUUCAAACCGAUGUGCAUCAUUUCAAGGAGAGAUUGAACACAAGCAGUGAUGUUUCAAGAUAUACCAAUGAAAUUGAGAGAUUGAAGGAGGCUUUGGAUGAAUCUUCAAAAUAUAGUGGUGAAUUUAAGAAAGAAAUAUCGACAUUGAAGUACAAGUUAGAAACAUUGAAGAACGACUCAGAAGCCAAAAUAGAGCAUUUACUAAAGCAAUCUGAGCAUUACGAAACUAUUGUUGGUCAGUUGGGUGAGGAGAGAGACGAAAAUCAAGAAAUUAUCAAAGAUUUGAACCAAAAAUUGAUUGAUAUGGAGUCAAAUUUGAAAAAGCUAAACGAUGAUUAUGAAGCCCUAAGUCAACAAAGAGAUACUCUACUUCAAGAGUCAGACAGACUAAGAUCUGAACUUGGUAAUUCUACAGAGCAGUUCAACGCGACAGUAAAACACAAUGUUGAUGUUAAUGAUAAGUUAAGGAACCUCGAGGAGACACUUCGUUUACAAACCGAGCAAAAUGAGAGGAAUGAGCAAUUAGUGAAGUCUAUUCAAAUGGAUCUUGAAUCAUACAAAAUGAAAUAUGAUGAAGAAAAGCAGAAAAAUAUUGAUUUAGUUGAAGAGGCGGAGACAUUGAAAAGUGUCACAGUUAGAUUAGAAGAAACUAUAAAGGAUCUUGAUCAAAGAUUAUCUGAUACCUCCGAGAAAGAAGCUUGGCUCAGGAAAAUACAUGAAGUUGAAACAUUGUUAAAUGAUGAAAGAGACAUGAAAAUUGAAGAAAUGAAAAAGUCGAAGGCACUCGAAAGGACAAUCAAUGAGCUUGAAGCUAGAAAUGCCUCACAGGUUGAGGUAAUAGAAACUGCAAAUGGUGAUAGAACGAAAUUUGAAGAAACAGUCAUGAAAUACAAUGAACAGAUGCAUCAAUUAGAAAAGUAUAUUUCCCAACAAGAAAUUGACAUGAAAAAGGUUGUAAGGGAAAACAUGGAAUACCAAGAGAAGAUGAAUGAAAUGGAAAGAGAACUAAUGCUGUGGAAGCAAAGAUAUCAUGUCGCAUCAGGAGGUACUAAUAAUUUCUCGCAAAGAAAUGAAGAAGAGGUAAUGGUGCAAACAUGA